AUGGCAUUGAGGAUAUCCGGUGGCCUGACCCCUGCAAUAAAUGCCUUGCAUGUCCCCCGAGUACACACUCGCUUCGCUGCUGUCGAGAAUGUGAGCAGGAGGCCCGGGCAGCGACACCGGGAAACCAAAGGGCCUGGCCGGUGUUUUGCUCAGGGUCUGGCUGCCGGUGUGGCAGCUCUAGCCUUUCGUGGCCGCGUGGCCCGUGCUGCAGAAGGUGAUGAAGCCCCGGCUCCGUCGCCGCUUCCGGAAGAAUUUCCACCGGCGAUCAUCAUCGGGGGAGGUCGGCUGGGUGAAGCUUUCGCCAAGAUGGGCAUGGGCAGCGACGUCAUCGUGCGCCGCGGAGACGCAUUUCCAACCGAUGCCCCAAAGGGCCCCAUCUAUGUCUGCACUCGAAAUGAUGCUCUGAAGGACAUCAUCGCGUCUGUGCCAGCAGAUCGUCAUGAAGAUUUGAUUUUCGUUCAGAACGGUGCGCUCGUGCCUUUCCUGGACAAGAAUCUCCAGCCAGGCUUGCCUGUCACGAUCCUCCUGGUGUACUUCGCCGUGGCCAAGAAGGGGGAACCUCCACUGGAUGGUAAGACUGACACAGACCCGGAAGGCUUGUCGGCUGUGAACACUGGGAAGUGGGCAAAAGAAGUGCGCUGGAGGCUGACAACCAGCAACCUCGCGUGCCGAAUGUUGCGAGACCCGGAGUUUAUGCAGGCCUACUGGGAAAAAAACUUAUGGAUUGCAGCCUACAUGCUCGUCGGGGCGCUCCACGACGGCUGCACUGUGGGCGAUGUCGAAGCCAAGCAUCGCAAGGAGGUGGACGAGCUCAUAGCUCAGCUGGCCACCGGAGUGGCCGCGGCAAACGCAGAUGUUCGGUGGGACAAGUUGCUGCUUUGUGACCGCUUAGCAGCUUAUGCACGGAGUGUGGCGCACUUUCCCACAGCUGUGAAGGAAUUUGAGUGGCGAAACGGGCCUUUCUACGUAUCUGCCUCAGCGCUUCGGCGAGCUUGGUUCGAAAGGUGGCGCCAUGUGCCGGAGCUGCCGCCAACGUUCCGGGAUCCAGGCAUGACACUGUUGGAGCCCUCACUGGAGAUCCAUGCCAGCUUUGUCGAAGAAGGUGCAGCAGACGCCGAAGAAGAGUCACUGCCAGUAGCCGGAGAGUCGCUGUUUUCAGUCGUCUCCAAAAAGGAAGUGGAGGCCAGGGAGCUUCGAAAAAAGCAACUGGAAGAGUUCUGCGAGACGCGGCAGGAGGUGCGUCUUUCGCAAGCAGGCGCAGUGGAUGGGAUCCCAGACUGGCUGCUUGACGCUUCGUCUCUGCUGGAUGAAUUCUAUCAGGCUUUGGGCCAGCGAUCUGGAGGGCUAGAGCGAUUCCGGACCGUCAUUGCAGAGGCUGCCAAACGGCUGAACGAUGAAGAGUGGGAGCAGUUCCGAAGGAUGCCUUUUGACGCCAUUCAUCGCCAGGAUCUGCACGUGUUCUCGCGCCUGGUGGCAGAUGCAGAGCCGCAUUGGAAACGGCUGAUGGAAGAUCCCGCGUCCUGGCCCAAGGAGCUGCAAGCCAAAGACUCUGUCGGCUUGGAGCUUGUCACCCUCGACAUGGAGCCAGCUGCGGAGGCUGUUGAGAGCGUUUUCUAUGUCUCCCAGAAAGCAUUGCUCGUCAUCAAGAUGAAGCUGAAGAACGAGGAGGAGAUACCAGCGGAAGUUCUUCGUUCCUUCUCAUUUCCAGGCGACCAUGAGGAAGAUCAGAUGCUGAUUCCAGUCGAUCUGAGCGUGCUGGACAAACAUUUUCCAGCGGAGGAAGAGGACGCACAGGAGCUAUUUGAUCAGUUCGACAGAUUGAAUGUCGACCUCCUCAUCGAGAAGUUAGGCUCAAAGAAAGCCGGUGAGGUUUUCGUCGAGGCUCAGCAGGCCUUCCUCGCCAAUCGGAACAAUGACGAUCCGGACAUGAGAGCUCAGCCGAUGUCAGUCGCUGAGUGGAGACGACUUUGGGCAGGUUGUGAGGAGGACUUAGAGGAGGAAGUCCUUGAGGAAGAUCAGGAAGUGAAUGAGGAAGCCAAUGAAGGUGACGAUGUCGAGGAAGGCUUGAGGGACCCCAGCGAGCAGAUGAUGGAAUUCUUUCAACGUCGAGGCUGGAGCAUGCACCGUGCUCCUCCAGUCUUACCCAAGCCCUUCGACAAACAAGCUGGAGAAGCAGAUGGCCCGGAUGGGUAUCAGCUUGCGGUUCUAGAUCUCACCUUCCCCUGUGACGCUCCACAAGAGGGUGCGGAGGUGGGCUUGUCGAAGGCAAGGGGCGAUCUCUUCGAGACUGAUGUUGAUGCUGCAGACGAAGUUCUGGAAGAGAAAGGAUUCAGAAUUGGCAGCGACGCAGAACUCGGCGACGAUUUGGUAUGUGAUGUGCUGCCAGACUCCGCAGAGCAACAGGUCACCUGGGCACCUGGAGCGGGUCCCGCGCCUCGCCUCUCCGGAUUGCCGCUGAAAGCUAGCGGCUUCGGGAAGAUUGGCGUAUCGCGCAGCGAUGACGUGCGCAGGCGGCUUCACACAAUCCAGGGAGCCUUGGCCGAAGCGCUCCGCAACCUCCAGAGGGGCGGUGUUUUGGUUGCCAGCUGGUGCGGCCUUCCCACACAUCCGUUGUUGCCGUUUCUGACGAAGCAGCUUCGGCCAGGAUUUCGCCGCGUGCAUGUGUUGGUGCCUCCGGACUGCGUGACCUUUGAGACAUACAUCGUUGCUGCAGAAUUCGACCCAGACGGGCACAAUAGCCGGCCAGAUCCGGUCCCUCUGCGACCCCGCGAGAGCAGAAACUCGCUGCUGGGGUUGGAGCCUGCCGAGAUGUGCAAGUUCAACUUCCUAAAUUGGUUACGCAGUCCACUCCGGAGCUGGUCAACAGGUUACGACGAUGUCUUGGCAUGGACGUUGAACUUCAGACGCGAAAUCUGCGAGGAGUGUUUGCCAAAAUACAAGGACACAGUCGUGAACGAUGUGCGUGCCGAUGCGGCUUACGAUCGCCCCUGGCUGACGAAGAUGCCGGCGAAGUCUCAUGUGGCUCGGUCGGCGCCCCUGGACAUGGAGGCUCGCUUCGAUGAGAUGUGGUCUAUCUACGCGACCAAGCUGGCGCUAUUGAUGAACAAGCUUGAGCCGCAUUCGCUUGAUCCAGAUCUUAUGCCUGAAAAGCCCCCGUACCGGUUCAAUGCGACCACCAGCUGGAGUGUGCCGAGACCCAUUCUUCCACCGGCUGAGCUUGUCACACUGCCACAGAGGAAGCAGAUGCCGACCGAAGGGGUGCCUGAAGAGAGAUCCCAAUCCAAGGCGGAGGGGUCGAAGUCAGCACCAUCCAAGUCGGGAAGUAGCUCAAAAGGAGGCUCAAAAGAGCGUUCGAAGAGAGGCCGCACGAAAAGCAAGGAAUCUGGCAAGAAGAGUGGGGCAUGCCAAACAUUGCCCAACGACUCGUCUACAAGUUCCGAGAAGCCCACGGCGGGCAUUUCAGCCUCGGAAAUCUCUGGCACGUCCUCCGCCACGGCGAUUGCGGCAAGCCCUUCUGUGAUGGAGCAAGGGGGUGUCUCGGAGGAGCUGCCCAUUGCGCAGACUGCCGAUGAGAAGCUUGAACCUCCGGGAGAUGCCACACUUGAUGCUGGCCCCGCCAACGAGAGCCUCGCUGAUCCUGCCAGCCAGCAAGAUCCGGAGAUCGAUUUGUUUGAGGACUUGCCACAGCUGCAGCCUCAAGGGGACCGUGCGCCAGGUGCAGAGGUUGCCUGUGAUAUGGAUUUGCGGAUGGCGCCCCCAACGGACAGUGAUGGUGGAUGCCCAGAGCCAUUUGACACCAUCUUGUUUGUUGAUGUGGACGGUGUAUUGAAUGUUGGCAUCCAGGAUGAUGGAAAUGCCCCAAUUUUGCUCAAGACCAAUGAGCUAGACCUGGCACGAGAGCUUUGUGCCGCGGGCUACAACGGCCGAGAUGCUGAUACCGCGCGGCGAAUUUGUGCUCUGGCUUCCCACUCGGCUGACUGCUUCGGGAGCAUCACGUACGAAGCAUUGGCAAGCCAGGAUCAGCUCUCCAAGGUGUUGCUGGGACGACUGGCGCUGCUCAUCCAGGAGGCUGGUAGUCGUUGCCAUGUGGUGCUCUCUUCCAGCUGGCGGAAGAAGCAGCAUGCUGGGAGACGGAAGGUGCUUGAGGAGGAGCUGUCCCAGUGCCUGGGGAGGCCGUUUGUCUUCGACGGAGUAACUGCCUUGCUGCUACCAGAGCGGCAUGCCGUGCACAGACUUGCAGCAAUACGAAUGUACUUGUCAGAUUUUGCACAGAAGGACAGAUUUACUGCCAACGUCAAGGUGGUGGUCAUCGACGACUUCUUCCUGAGUCCAAUCUCUGGCUGGGAUUGUGGUGAUACGAGUAUUGAGUCUGUCGCUGAUGCUGAAGCUUACCUCGCGCGUGGAAUGGAGAGCUCUGACCUCACGGCAGAAGUUAAAAUUCUGCACUGCUACGAGGAGCUGGCGACAGGCGGCUAUAGACUCCAAGUCGGAACAGGCUUGUCUGGUAAUCUUUUGGCUGACGCCUUCGAGUUCUUGAAGCCGAAGGAUGCCGUGAGUCCAGUGCAUCUCCGAGGACCAGGAGAAAAGGCUAUUGUCAAAGAAGGUGCAAAGAAGAGCAGCUUCUUCCAAGUGGUGGCUAAUGCUUUCGCGCCACCAACCACCCCUGUGCUCUGGGUUAUCUAG